CCUUAAAACGGGAUAAAGCGAAAGUUAAAAGAGUGUCGCCCCCCCCUCCUCCUCCUCGCUCCCUCCUCGGCUUGGUUCAGGCGCAGUUGCUGUGAGUUCCUCCGCCGUUUAAAAGGCUCCCAGCAAUGCGUUUCCCGACACGGACACACGGAGCUCGGCUUACCGCGACCUUGGCCCUCCCGGUUCUCAUGUAGCUACUGUUUUCUUACUUCUUAGGUGGUAAAAGUCCACUUUAGUUUACGCAUAAAAAUAAAUCAGACUUUUGGAUACGGUUUUUUAUCGGCAUUACUGAACUUUAAUGUCCACCACAGUUCAGAUUAUGUUGUUAUAAAGUGUGUUUUCAGUCCUAAUUUAAACUUAAACGUUUGAUCUGAGGGAGUUUCUCGGUGCGUAAAGGGGGCUCCAUGCACUUUCGCGUAAUACACUAACCUAAUAGAAAACUUUAAAGCGUCUUUUUGUUAUUAAACAUUUCAAGAUUAUGUAUUAAUAAAUAUAUAAUUUAGUUCUGACUGUUUUUUUUUUUUUUUUUUUUGGACCGCGCUGGUCUGCGUUAACAUAUGGCAUAAAGAGGAGCACAGCUGGAGGUAGCGUUUCCAUUGCGGUGAUGUCAGAGCAGCUGACUCCACAGCUUGCAGUGUAAUUAGCAAACAGAGCACCAGUUUACUCACUCUGCAAGCUCGUAUUUUUUAUUUUUUUUUUCACUUGAGUCCUCCUCCUUCGCCUCCUGGACUAUCACUCCCUGUCCGGUUCUGCUUGUCCUGUAAACAGCGCUGUUUGUGUGUGUGUCUGUGUGUGUUUGGAGAGGCGCCGGUGCGUCACUUUUUGGACACAAGCGCAUGAAAUAUUUGGGAAUAAUUUGGAAAAGCGGGGUCUAUUUACGCCGCGAUGCGCGGGUGAGUGAUUGCAACGCGCCCUGAUGUCUCUAAUGAGUUAUGAAGGAAGAAUGGAGUUCCCAGACCAUAGCCGCCAGUUGCUGCAGUGCCUGAGUCAGCAGCGUCACCAAGGUUUCCUCUGUGACUGCACUGUUCUUGUCGGGCAGGCUCGAUUCAAAGCGCACAGAGCUGUGCUGGCCUCCUGCAGCAUGUACUUCCAUCUCUUCUACAGGGACCAGCUAGACAAAAGGGACGUUGUGCACCUCAACAGUGACAUUGUAACAGCCCCGGCUUUCAGUCUGCUCCUUGAAUUUAUGUAUGAGGGGAAGUUGGACUUCAGCACUCUGCCCGUGGAGGAUGUCCUGGCAGCGGCCAGCUACCUCCACAUGUACGAUAUUGUGAAAGUGUGCAAAGGCAAGCUCAAAGACAAGGAGCUCGCCUCGCUGGACGACAGGCUCGGCGAGGGCCUGGGGCUCGGCUGCCUGGACGGGGAAAACUCCUCGGAUGGCGAGCUGCACGGCAAGCAGCUCGUUCAGCGGCUGCCCCRGGGGCUUCGCGGGGCCCCCCCUGCGGAAGAGUUUGACAUGGACAAAAGUGAAGUCAGGCUGGCUGUCACCGAUUGUGAUAGGUCCACGCAGAGCAGGCAGAAGGCGAACGGUCACUCUGGCGGGUCCCCGGACCUUGUAGGUGUCAAUUAUGUGUCAGCCGAGGCCGAGCCCCGCGUCCAAACAGCUGGAAAAACAAAAGCUGAUGUCAGUAGCUCCACCGUAUUGCUGUCCCAGAGGUCCCGGGCUUCAGAUGACAUGGACUGUGCACUGGAUUUGUCUUUCAAGCCUCUGUCUAGCAGAGAUCCCUUACACCCCUCUUAUGUCUCGGGACAGCUGGCCCUCGACAGCCAGCAGCAGGGCACUGAGCCACUUGUUAAAGACGAACACGACUUGCUGUCAGAGCAGGAGGACAGUGAGCCGAUGAGCCCUGAGAGCCAGCGCUUUGGGAAUAGUGCCAGGAGCUCAGUGGUGACAGGGUUCGCUGCCCUCUUCCCAGGCAACAACGGCGCUACCGCCACCCUGCUCUCCCAGGAGGAGGACCUGAUGGACGGGGAGGGGGAGGCCUGCAGGAGGAGGGAGGGCGCUUCGGGCAGGGAGCUGGACGGGAGGGGCCGACUGCUGGGGGACAGCGAGGAGGAGGAGGACGACCUGGCCUCCUCGGACAUCUCCACCUCCAGCGGGGUGCUGCUGGCCCCGGGCCAACAGGUGUGCGUGUGCCCCCUCUGCAGCAAGGUCUUCCCCAGCCCCCACGUGCUGCAGCUGCACCUCAGCGCGCACUUCCGCGAGAAGGACGGCGCCCGCGCCAAGCUGUCCCCCGACGGCUCGGUGCCCACCUGCGCGCAGUGCAACAAGACCUUCUCCUGCAUGUACACGCUCAAGCGCCACGAGCGCACGCACUCGGGCGAGAAGCCCUUCACCUGCGGCCAGUGCGGCAAGAGCUUCCAGUACUCGCACAACCUGAGCCGGCACGCCGUGGUGCACACGCGCGAGAAGCCGCACGCCUGCAAGUGGUGCGAGCGGCGCUUCACGCAGUCCGGCGACCUCUACCGCCACAUCAGGAAGUUUCACUGUGGCCUUGUCAAGACUCUCGCCAUCGGGUAGAAGCCCUCUCACCUGUGCCAUGAGAUAGAAUGUCUUUUCAUACACUGAACACUACUACUGAUCUGUUUUCACUGUUGGUUUGGAGGCAUUUUCUUUUGGACUUUGUUACCCCCCCCCCCCCCCCGUGAGGCAUUUCUCCAGUUGAAAGAUGUAGCAACUUUAAAAGCUGGAGCUGUUGUUUCAGGUAGAUGGAGGAAGCUCCUGGUGAAUCCUUGUCGCCGAAGGUUAACAAAUCAGAUGAUGCACUUGAUCGUUUCUGUUUUGUACUGUCCGUUUGUCGAGAUUAUUCAAAGGGGUCUUUUCAUUUUCUUUGUGGCAGGAAAAGAGCAUCCUAAGUUCAAAUGGUUUGGGUGAAAGCUAAUGCUUAUGCACAAUCGUCAGAGAAACUUUUAUUUCUGCGCGUGGGAGAUCAGAACCGUCCGCAAGUAGCAAUAUGUGAUUAUUUUCUCAACCCCUACAGUAAUUUUUACUAUUUAUUUUGGGGAUUAGUUUAGUUUUUAAUUUAAUCGUCAAUAAGCAGAAAAAAAAAACUAAUGAAGUUUGACUACUGGAAGUAUGGUUUUUACUGUUUUUAUGUGAGUAGAGUCUUUUUUUUAUGAAGUUUUUAUGUUUUGUUACAAGAAGCAAGCAGACCAUCAUAUCCUUUUCUCCUGCUUAGAGCUUUCAGGAUGAGUGAGUGAAUGAGCACAUCUUGAUAGGUCAGCCUUCUAUUUUUCGCCACUUUAAAAGAAGUUGUACUGACAAACGGAAAGUAGUUAAAAACUAAUGUCUUCAACACUGCUGCCUAAUGAAACCCUCGAUGCUUAGGGUACUUACCUUUAAUUUUCCCGUUAUGCUUUGAAAAACCAACAAAACAAAUGAAGUUACACUCCACACGCCAGGUUUUUAUAAGAUUUUCUACUUUUGAAUCAGUCCAUAAGGGCUCACGGUUACAGAAGUUGAAUUCACGUUAAAGGAAAGUUAUUGAUUCAUUUGGGUUAAAAGCAAAUGUUUGCUGGUAAAUUACCUUUAUUUCCUGGUAUAACACAAAAGAUUCACUGAUUGUGUUCUUGAGAAACUCUCGGCCUGCUUGAAGUAUCAAGAACAUCAGAGUUUUGCCGUUUUUUUUUUUAAAUUUAAAUCUGCUGAUCUUUUCGUUCUUGUAAUCAACAUUUCUUUCACAUCGCUGCAUGCGUGGAAGUUACUACUGACGAAGCCUUCGUUUCUUUAUGGCAGGAAAUGCUUCAUGUUCAUGUAGAUAUAAACUAAGGUCGUGGAACUAAAAGUUUGCAACAUUUGUCUAAUCUGUCCUGAGAAGACUUGAUCAGAUUUUAUUUAUUAGUUGGACUCUGUUCAGGGUGUACUGUAGGUCUGUUUUCUCUUUAAGCUUGAAAGUCAUUUUGUCUUUUCUAGCAAUCCUGGUACUCAUUAACCGGUGUUGGGGCUGUCCGUUUUCUCUGUGCAAAUCAAGUUACUGUAAUUGUAUUUUAAUAUAUUGUUUAGAAACCUCGACGGAGUAUUCAAGACUUUUUUUUUUAAAAACAUAGAGAAGCACUUGUUUUUGGCAUGCGUAUAGUUUCAACACUAUUGUCUAGGCUGCUAUUUCUUACUUAUUUGUGUAUUUAAUGUAAAUAUAUAUUAUAUUUAUCAUGUCGGGGGGGUUGUUUUUCCAUGUUACAGGUGUGGUCGAGCGAGUCGGGUGGCUCCAGUCUCUUAGUGUCUUCCUUUUUUUUAAAAAAAAAAGAAAAAACUUUAUUCGACUCCGCCUCACUACAAAUCGGAGCUCUUUAAAAAACAAAACAGGAAGCAGUUCACAAGCGCAGCCUCUCCGAUACAACUACCUAAAGAAACAAGACAAUACAUGCAUUGUCCCCCCCCCCGCCCCCCUCUCACUCCCCACCUCAAGGUUUCAGGUAGUUCUCAAGGUAUCAUUGUGUAUCUCCCGCCUCGCUGAGAGGAGAAAAGGCACUUCGAGGCUCUCCGUUCACUUUUCUGUAUUGAAUGAAGUUACCUGGAAUGUGAGAAAUGUAUUUGUUUGGAGGCAGUUUUCUUAAAUUAAAAAAAAAAGCUCAGUGUCCACCUCAGCAUUUCUUUUGGUCAUCAAGACAUCAGUUCAGGAAAAAAAAAGUAAAAUUUGAUGCGAUUUUUAAAAGUUUUUUUUUUGUUGUUGUUGUUUUUCUCGAGGAGACCAAUAAAGAUGGAGUCUUCCUGACCUGAAGUCGGCAUAAAAACACUCCCAGUUGAAUCCGUUUCACACAAAGCUGUUGACUUGUGCUGUUAAUUUGAGUCCGAGCACAAAGGAAUGUAAGAUUAUAUCAGUUUAGAGUGUUUUUAAGGAACAUUUCUACGUGGUGGGGAUCUGUAAUGUACAUGUGUACAGCGGUAGAAAAACUAACGACGUGUAAAGAUUUGUCUUGUUUUUUUUUUAUUUAUACCUCCAGGAUGGUCACCGAAUGUGCCUUGUAGACACACAAAGGGGUGUUGCAUCUGGAAAAAGACCUUUUAUUUUCAACUUUUUUUUUGUUUGCUUGUUUGUUUGCAUCACGACAGCAGUGGCCUGCUGAUGAAAAUGAAAUUAACAAUUUUCUGUUUGUUUUUUUUCCCAAUCAUAUCAAAAAUAUUAAGAUACUUUGUGAAAGGUUACGUUGAAGGUUUGAAACGGAUGUGAAUAAAAUAGUUCUGGUUUUGUUUCACUGAACAUUUUUUUUGUGUUUUUAUUUUUUUUUAAGCCAAUACUACUGGGAACUAACAAUCUGUUCCUUUUGUAUUCUUUCUUUUCUUUAUUUAAUGUGAAAUGCUGAGAUUCUGAUUGUCAACUUGAGGGCUUUGUUCGCCCAGCUCAUGCUGUAUGAUCCUGGAAAAAAACCUGUUCUGUUACUGGAAUUUUGUUUUCUGCAGGUCACAACUGUGAAAUAAUUGUGUAUAAUCAUGAAAAAUAUUUAUUAAUGCUUCAUGUGCAACAUUUUGACUCUGUUUUAAUUUGAUAAAAAAAGAAAGCCUUCACGUCAAACCUUUUUAAUAGACUUUUUAGAAGUGCCAUUAGAAUUUAAUAUAAUUUUUUUUAAACAGAAAAAGGUUCUAUUUUAUAGUAAUCAGAAGCUUCAGUGUUAGUGGUGUAGAGAUUAGAGAGAUUAGAGGACAAUCUUCAUGCAGAAUUGGCAUUGCUUAGAUACUGAGACAAUUUUACUUUUUGAUCAAUAUCUGUACUUUUUAUUUACUUCCUUGUUUUGCGCUUUUGGAGUGUGCCUGUGUGUGUGUGCUGUGAAAAUGUGACAAUCUUGAUUUAGGUCUUUUAUUGAGAUGAUGCAUAGAAUUAAAUGGAACAACUUUC